CAAUAAACUUCAUCCAAACCUUUCUCCCCUUUCCAGAAACCCAACAAAAAAAGGGCAAAGGAUUUUCCGUUAUUUGUAUAACUCUUCUUCAAUAUUGGGCUACAGGCAGACUCACGUUUUACUCUACUCCUAUUGUGUAUCUGAAAAAAGGAUUCUAAUAAGAGUUCAAUCUCAGGGAGACUCAGAAUUAUUGCUAAGAGAUGUCGUUGACCUCCAGCACCACCAUGAGUGCAGCUACUUUGCCAAUAGUGAGCGCAGGGGAUCAAUGCUGGAAGCAAUUCAAGCCAAUAGCAGCGGUUCCUGCUGGCUUACAUCCGCUUGGCAUGCAGUCUAAACUCAUUAGCAAUAGAAGUCACUUGAUAUGUCCUGUUCAACAAAAACGGGCUUCAAUAAUAUGUUCUGCUGCUCUGAAUGCUAGAUGUGCUGAAGGCCAGACACAGACGGUUACGCGGGAAUCAUCAACCAUUACAGUUGCACCAGUUCAAGGAAAGGAGAAAUCUCCUGACCUAGAUGAUGGUGGGAGUGGGUUUCCCCCUCGUGAUGAUGAUGGAGGCGGAGGUGGAGGUGGUGGUGGUGGAGGCAAUUGGAAAGGUGGCUUCUUCUUUUUCGGGUUUCUUGCUUUCCUAGGCUUCUUGAAGGACCAGGAGGAGGAAGGACCCUAUCGGGACCAACGAAGAAGAUGAAGAAAACCAGAACACUGAUGCAUAGAAAUCAAAAAAUUUGGAAGUUUGGGAUUUGUAACUGGUCUACCCUUGUUAUUCUCCAGUGAUGGCUUCGAGCCCCCCUGUAGUAGGACGAUAUUCUUCUAUAUGUAUUCGGGUGUAGCAUUACUUAUAGCUCAUAAUGUUUCACAAUAAAAUACUCUAUGCACUUAGAAAUGGUCAUUCUUUUCAACUCUUCCUAUACCCUAGAUGGUUGGAUAAGUUGCUAUCAUAGCUUUAAUUUGUUGUGUAAUGUCUAUUUUUCGUUCU